UGAAGAACUAAGUGAAGAGGAAUAUUGUUCUGAUGACAAUGAAGAUGAUGAUGCAUUUGCAGGCCAUCGAGAUCCUUAGACCAAGAUUUGGUAGAUCACUUGUUUUAUGUAUAUGAUGUUCGAUCAUCAAUUUUAUUUAUCCUUAUAAGUUAACCGAACUGUGAAAUCUGCUCUUUCUAGUUUCUCCCUUUAUGUUUGUUCCACCUGCCCUGUUUAAAUGUACCGGUUCCGGACGUUUGUGUACAUUAUUAGACCGAACCGAAAUGUCAAUCUUUCCGAUUUCAAAUAAACAGCUCACUCAUACCGGUUUAGACCGUUUAUUGAUUCAAUAAUCUUAUUCUGACCGUUGACCUUUUCAAAGAUGUGAGCUAACAUUCCGGAGGUGUUAUUGGUUUAUAUAUUUUGAUUGAUUUAGAAAUCCAUACCUCCUUGGUUUAUAUAUUUUGAUUGAUAUAGAAAUCCAUAUAACAUUUAUAAAUCCAAGUAAAAUAUGCAAAUCCGGAAGUUUUUUUUCGGAUUUGAGUCUUUGUAUUUUUAACUAAAAAAUCCAAACAAAUCUAUUCAAAUCCAUUAUAAAAUCAAUUAUAUUAGUAAAUCCGUACAAUUGAAUAACACUUGAUUUGAUACAGAAUUUAUGAAUCAUUAAACUAAUAACACAUGAUUUUAAUACAGAUUUGAAAAUCAUAUAACCAAUAACACUAGAUUUAGUUCGGAUUUUUAAAUCCAUUAAAAUACAACAACCAAUAACCCCUACUCAAGAAAUUACGGUAAUUGGGUGCUUUGGAAUGUCAGCAACUAGGCGGGUUAUUUGAAUUCUAAGUUAAGCCUCAACUUCUUUUUUUUUUAACUCAAAAUUUUAUAAUCUUUCGUAACGGAACACAUCGUGGAUUACAAAAGCCGGCAGAAAAUGGUAAUAUCUCCGGGAGCAAUAGCCCAAAAGAGGGAGACAAAAACAAUGAGGUAGGAAGCCUCAACUUCUUAUUAAUAGAUUUUAUAUAUAUUUUAUAUUCAUAUUCAUAUUUUAAUUUUGGAUUUUAAUUAUAAUUUUUUUAAAGCAUCAUCAAAAUUGGAUAUACAAAACAAAAUAGAUAAAUUUGUGAAUUUAUGCUAACAAUGUUACUUAAAUUAACCGAUUAGGCUAAUUUACAUUAAUUCAUAAAAAAAUGUUAAUUAAUUUAGAACAUUUAUGUCGUAUAAGCCUGAUUUUUUUAAAAAAAAUUGUUUGAGGUACAAUCAUAAUAAUGAGUUUCAACAUUUUUGCUCUCUUUUGGUGAUAUUUUAUCUUCAAAAAGAAAAUCAAAGGUUUUAUGCAGGCAAUUAGAACUAUAAUUUAUAGAUGUUAAAGAUGUGAUAAAAACCGUACUAGAACUCAGAUUUAAUGAGUAAAAUAUUCAGCUCCCGCUGCGAGUCUAAUCAAAUGUCUAAUCCUAUAAUUCUAACUCUCAUAUGUGAAUUAAAGAGAAUCUCGAUCGUCACCCUUUGAGUAUUGAUUUAUACUACUUUUAAACAAGCAUUAACAUUCAGAUCGAUUUGUUCACUAAGUUAUUUAAACAAAAUUUCGUAUGUGUUUAACAACUUAGCUCAACAUGAUUAGUUUCAGGAGUCGAACUCACUCUUGCGGUUGUUGAUUAUCCUAUAAUCGUGUUUCUAGUUAACAUUCUAGAAUACAACCAAUGAGAUCAAUCCGGUGAAAGAUCCAAAUAAAUUACCCUAACAGUUCUAUGUUUUAUAAGUUCAGCAAACCCCAAGAAACCCCUAAAUCUAAUAAGUAGACUUUUCAGGCAUAUUAAAGCAAGACAUAAAGAAUAACUGAAUGAAUUGCAUUAAAAAGUAGAGAUAGAAAUGCUGGAGUACUAAUCAAAUCUUUAAAGUAGUCUUCUGAUCUUCUCUCCGAAAACUUCUAAGAAUGAUAAAGCUCUAAGAACGUGUCUUAGCCUAAACAAUGGCUUAAAAACUAUAUAUUAGAUAUAAAGUCAGCCAGGAUAGCCUUGUAAUUUGUGGAAACUUCAGGGCGAAACUUGAUUCUGGGAAUUGAGUGGGCCCGUCUUCUCACGGUGGUGUUGAGCGACACCAAGGUAGGUGUCGAUCGACACUCCUGCUAAAUCUCGACUCUAUCUUCUGAUUUUUUGAACAUCCACGUUUUCUUCAUCCUUAAGCUUCAAAUGGUUUCACGAUCUCCACAAUGCUCAAAAACAUACCUAGACCUGAAAAAGACUCUAAAAUAGACUCGAAACAUAAUUUAAAGACUCUAAAUAUAACUUAUAUUAUCCCUAAAAACCGGUGAAAUCCAUAGUAUAUCAUAAUCCCAAAAUAGAUCUAUUGUUUUUUCUAAAUAAUUUGACUUCAUUUAUUACAGAGUACAAACUUGACAUGUUUUUGCUACAUCUUUUACCGUCCUUUUAUCAUUCUUCCUAAUUACUUCAUUAAUUAUAUUUACCAUAAUAUUUUGACAAAAUUUAUUUUACGUGUUAACCAAAAUAAUUUCACAAGUUUGAAUAAAAUUAAUUCAUUAAUGAUAAGAAUUCAACCGGUUAAUAAUUUUUUUUAUUUGUUUACAGAAUCAGUUAGACAUGGACAUCCAGGUACCCGUUCGGGUACUGAUCGUUUUUUUGGGUAUCGAGAUUUUGGGUUUAACUUAAACUUUGUUCGAAUAUUAUAAAUUUUUGGACGGGGUUCGUACUCGGAUCCUUCCGGAUCCGGAUAGAUUUGUAGGAGCUUACAAUAUCUAAAUAACUUAUGUGUUUAGAAAUUUCAUUAAACCAUUUAUAAAAAUGUGAAAUUAACACAUGCACGGGCAAACAUGUUAAAUUCUAGUUGUAGUUAAAUUUGUGGUCAAAGGAUAAAUAAAUCUAUCGAAUCCAUAUUAAAUUUGUUAAAAUUAAAUAAAUUUAUGGUCAAACGAUAAACAAAUCUAUCAAAUCCAUAUUAAAUAUUUCAAAUUAAGUAAAUUUGUGGUCAAGGGAUAAUAAGUCAGUCAAAGUCCAAAUAAAUCUGUCAAAAUACGUAAAUUGGUGGUCAAAAAAACAAAUCUACUAAAUGUUAUAUAAAUCUGUCAAAAAGUAAGUAAAUCUGUGGCCAAAGAAACUAAAUCUAUAAAUUUCAUAAAUCUGUGACCAAACAUGAGAAAUUUAUUAAAAAAAUCUGUAGAAAUCAGAUUAAAUCUAUAGAAUUUAAGAUAAGUUUGUAGUCAAAGAAAAAUAUUUGUGCCUAUAUAAAACGUCGACAAAAUAAGUGUGUAUAAUGACAUUUUCUUAAUUAUUAUUUUUUAUAACAAAGAACUUAGUGAUAAAAAAAUGUAUGAAAAUUAAACUAGUAAUUAUAAUAAAAUUAGAGUUAUUCUAGUAAUAAAUUGAUGAAUCAGCGUUAAACUAACUUUUUCCCGUUCAUUGAUUGUCAAUUGAUUUAAAUUAGAAGUCCAAAAAACUUAAAAGCUAUAAAUGACUUUUUAAGAUUUGGUUCGAGAUAGGCCGAAAACCCAUUUGUCAAAUGAGUGCGUUGAUGUUCAACAUCGAAAAUUAACCAACUUUUAAUAUAUAAAAGAUCCACUCAUCAAUAAUAGUAAUUUUUAAGUUGGAAAUGUAAAAAAAUUUGCAAAAAAGAAGUGAAAAGGAUAUACAAAAUAACUUUAAUUAAAGUAAUAAAGAUUGGAUAGUUUAAAUCUUGCGUCAUUCAAAAUCUAAUUAAUUAAAGUUAAAUCAACUAUUGCUUAUCUACAUAUUUUUAAGAAUAAUUCAUAUUCGUAUAUUUUAAUGAUAUAUAAGUAAGCUAAAAAAAAGAAGCUAAGUUUUGGUGAUAUAUUUAAAAGUAAUUAUGUAAGAUUAGGUAACCCCACACCUCGUUUGUGUAUUGUGUAGAUUACACGUUAUAUAAAGAUAGCGUGCAUAAACCAAACUCGAUAUGAAAACACAGAAAUUAAUAACAAAUCCAAACAGAAAGAAACUAGAGUCAGAAAAAUGGUAGUAUCAGUCUCAAAGCGAAAGUCAAAAUCCUCAAAGAAGACAGAAGAUCCUCGUAUCUUCUUCUGUAACAAUAUUUGUUCUAUCUUUUUCAGAUCCCUUUUCUAUCUAACAUUUCUCACAAUUUUCUUCUUCUUUCUUAUAUCUCUGUGGUUUUCUUUUACCACCUUAAUCUCCGACAACGUCCUCCAUAUCUGUGUGUUGUCUCGGAAACUCAACGAUCCUUACUGUCUCACGGCUGAUUCUAAACCCGUUUUUCAGAUGUCGACCAAUCUUACUACUAAAAGUGAUGUUCUCAGUAAAGAUGAGGAAAUUGGCUAUAAAGUUUCCGGUGAUGAUACCAAGCGUUAUGGUGUGAAUGUUAUUUCCGGUGAAGAUCAUAAAACCAAGAAGGAAUCAGUGGAAGAACAAGAUAAUUACAUCAAACCUAAGAAUGAAGAAGAGGGAUACGCGUUAAGGGCAGUGACAAAGUAUCUCAAGGUACAAAGAUCAUGGAUAUCGACUAGAAAUAAAAUCGAAAAUUCAAGAUCUUGUGAAGGAAAAGGAGUUUAUGUUUAUGAAAUACCGUCUAAAUUCAACAGAGAUUUGUUGGUAGAUUGCAUCGAUAUGGUCCCUUGGACUAACAUGUGUAAGUUUUUCAAGAAUGAUGGUUUUGGAGAAGCAAUAGAGAAUCUUGGUCAAGGUUGGUUUAGGACACAUCAAUAUGCUCUUGAACCGAUAUUACACUCUAGGGUUUUGAAGCAUCCUUGUAGGGUUUACAAAGAAAGCCAAGCUAAGCUUUUUUAUGUCCCUUUUUAUGGCGGUUUUGAUGUGUUGAGAUGGCAUUUCAAGAAUGUUUCUAAUGAUGUGAAAGACCGGUUGGGGACUGAAGUUUUGAAAUGGCUUGGAUCAAAGGAAUCUUGGAAGAGAAACGCCGGCAAAGAUCAUGUCUUCGUCCUCGGAAAGAUUUCUUGGGAUUUUAGAAGAAAUAAGCAUUCUUGGGGCUCAAGUUUCCUUGACUUACAAGAUAUGCAAAGCCCUACAAGGCUUCUCAUUGAAAGACAUCCAUGGGAAGUCAACGACAUAGCAAUCCCACAUCCGACCUAUUUCCACCCAAAAACAGACUAUGAUAUCACCAGCUGGCAGGAAAAAAUGACUAGCAAACCUCGCCGUAAUCUAAUUAGCUUCGCCGGAGGUGCAAGACCUGGCGACCCCAAUAGCAUCCGCUCAACGUUAAUCGAUCAAUGCACAUUGUUUUCCGACCAAUGCCGGUUUCUAAACUGUUCUGAUGGAAGUUGUGAUAAGCCUGAGAAUGUCAUAAAGCUUUUUCAAGACUCUGAGUUCUGUCUACAACCGCCAGGAGAUAGUCCAACAAGGAAAUCCGUUUUCGAUUCACUAAUCUCCGGUUGCAUCCCAGUGAUCUUUGAUCCGUACACUGCAUAUUAUCAGUAUGCGUGGCAUCUUCCGGAAGAUCAUAAGAGAUACUCUGUGUACAUAAACCAAGUAGAUGUGAAGGAAAAGAGAGUAAAUGUAGUUGAGAAACUGAUGACAAAGACUCCAAGGCAAAGAGAGUAUAUGAGAAGUUACAUUGUUCAUCAUCUUUUGCCUGGUUUGGUCUAUGGAGACUCAAAUGCCAAAUUUGAUAGGUUUCGAGAUGCUUUUGAUAUUACGUUUGAUAAUUUAAUUGAGAAAAUCAACAAGUUGGUAUAGGUUUUUGUAAUAUGUGCUCCCAGCAACACCAUGUGAUUACCAUUCUCACAUGUUUAUUGAUAUUUGAUAAUGAUACAUUGCAAUUUGUUUUUUUUUUUUUGAAAAAGAACAAAUUAUUGUUGCAAUUAGUAUGUGUUGUUUUACUACAAUUGGUUGAAUAUCAUAUAUGUUUUGUUAACAGAUUUCACUGACUUGAUACAAUUUUAUCCUCAUGGAUUAACAUGUCUAACCCGUUAAUGUGUGUAAUGUUUUUGUAGAUCGCCUAGUACCAACUUCAGGGUUUUCUCAAAACAAUUUAGAAGUUCAGUUCAAAUUUGUACUAAAGGUGUUUGUGAUGUGUUUAUAUGUAUUUUUAAAAUUAUAGACUCCAAUUAACUGUGUUAAAGAAAGACUCCAAUUAACUUUUUAAGUUUCUGAUAAUUAAUAUGCUUUAGUUUCACAACAUCUAUCUAUUUAUAAUAAUAAAGAUGAUUUACAUCUCUACUCAUACGUCCACGUCAUCGAGGAAAGAGGGGUAAAUCAUGCCACGUGUCAUCAUUCUACCACUCUUUUCAUGGGUUGGUUUGCCUCAGAUAAACAGCACAAAAACGGGUCAGAAAAACUAAAACUAAAAAUGGGUCACAAAGUUUAGCAUUGGUUUCUUAUGAAAGCCCGCCAAGCUUCUCUAACCCUCUUCUUUCUUAAGCCUCUCUGCUUUCUCCGGAAAAGAACAACAACCAAGCGACGAUUGAAUUUUCUCAUUCCAUUAACAAAGGCGAGUAACGCCUUCUCUCAACAUUCAAUAGCCCCUGUUAUGAUCGCAAUAACGAUCAUUAACCCACUCUCUCGACUCCUUCGCAUUGAUUUCUUCAUACAGCCUUCCAUGUUCUAACAAAGUGGAGAUGCGUCUACUCCUAUUCAAAGAAAGUAGGAGAGCUUAUGGGGUUGACAUGCUCUUUGUCAAGGAGAAGACAGUCUACGCUUAUCCACCGACUGCAGAUGUUCAGAGACCGAUUCAGUGAAGGUUCACUCUAUUCGAUGAGUGGGUUCGACGAAGUAACAACAACUUCAAAGUUUGAAUGCGCUGCUGACAGGGAUGUCUUUAUCUGCCUAAGUUUAUUUGAUGGCUUAGCCUACGAAUUUCAUUUAAAAAAAUUACAUGUUUUGGUACCGAACCAAGCGUUGUUGUAGCUACAUCUAACUUCACCCACGCUCUGCAAGGAUCUCUCUAUCUGCCUGAGUUUAUUUGACAGCUUCACCUACGAAUUUCAUAAAAAAAUUCACCGGUUUCAAUGGCGAACUAAGGGUUGUUGUAGCGACAUACAGAAAUCCUAAAAUGGUCGGUUAUUUGCAAACGCAACCUCUCAGACGCAUAUAUGCUUUUACUCAUAAACAUAUGCAGAAAGGACAGUCUUACUAUGGGAGAAUUGCUACUGAUCCCUCAGGAGGGUCAAAAACCCUAACAAAGAUGCUUCAUGCGCAGAAACUUGAAACUUGAAACCGUCUCACAGCCGAAUGAAUUUAUCAUCACUGCAGCGCCUCAGACAAUCGACUUCGUAUGCACCGGCAAAGUUACUGGAAUACAAGCUGACAAAAGGUGGUGUUACAUAGGCUCUGCUCUAAGUGCACUAAAGAAGCUCCUGCGGGGUUAAUCUUCAUUCACAUGACAUGUGUGUGCUAACCCAAAAUGAUGUUACUUCACUCAGGUAACCAUACUUUCCACUAAUGUAGACAGUGAUCUUCAGUUCUUGCUCUUUGUAUAUUUAACGCGGAUGUGUCAGGUACUGUGUAAAGUUGUCCCAUCUUAGAUGGGACCGAGGACGCGAAGAGAUGUCCAAGCUAACUAAAAGUUACCGCUGCGGAAGUGUGGUGAACUCAUGGGAGGAGGUAUUGAUGAUCAGCAGGCUAACGAUGCCCCACCUAUCAUCACUGAGAAAGAGGUGGGACUCCCACAACCAAUAUGCAUGAACCCACCUCACUUGCCUCCACCUCUGCUGAAGUCGGCAACAAUAAUGCCAAGGAGACAUCGAGUGUUAAAGUCGCAGCAUUGGGGGAACUCCCUUACGUGGAUGUCUCCAAAACCGAUAAUCCUAAGCUCAAGAUAAACGAGCCUAGAAAGCCCGGACAGCCGUACUGAUUAGAUGAAUAUGGAAGCCUUAUAUUGUCAUGUUGCUGUGGUUUAUUUAUCAGUCAUUGCUUUUCUAUUUUGUUUUUUCAAACUAUUACAUAUGUUGGUUACAUUAAGCGCACUAUUAAUAUAAACAUAUUCCGAGUUA